AGAACAGAAACUCCACUGCAUAGAAAGGAUGACUCAGACCGCUCCUUUAAAUGACAAUAUAUUCUCUGUCAGCUUAGUUAAAAAAUAUGGGACUUUUUUGGUUUGUACUCAAAAAAACGUUCAGAAAAAGGUAGCUGAAACGUACAAACUGAAGAAGAAAAAAACACUGACGAUAAGUUUGCUUCCUGAUUUUGGUUUCCGUUCUGGGUAAAAUGUGAAGAUAAGGCAAGAAGACACAGCAGACUCUGCUUUGAAGAGAAGACACAAUGAAUGUCAAGGGAUCUAUGUCGGCCUCAUCGUCACAUGCAUCCACAUCUGUUUCAGAGCAGCUGCUAGCUGUUCUGGAGCAACUGACAAAUGAGGAGUUGAAGACAUUUCAGUGGUACCUAAAGCAACCUGUUUUGGAUGGUUCAGCUCCACUCCCAGUUUGUAGACUUGAAAAUGCUAAAAGAGAGGACACUGUGGACCAGAUGGUGCAGACCUAUGGGAAAUCUGUCUCUCUUAAGAUCUCACACCAUAUUCUGGAGAAAAUGAAACGGAACGAUCUUGCUGAAAGUGAAUUUCAAGCCAUAAUACCCAUUCAGGAUGUUCCAGAUGCUUCUUUACAUUUCUCCAGCAACCCUGAGACUGAAGACCAUGUUAAAGACCCAAUACUUACUGCUGUGAAUGCCACAGAUGAUGGUCCUUCAUAUAUGGACGUUGAGAAGUAUCAAAGUAAAUUCAAAGACAACUUGAAGCAGCUUCAGCAUGUGUUUGAAGGAGUAGCUAGGCAGGGAAAUAAAACUAAUCUCAAUAAGAUCUUCACUGAACUCUACAUCACAGAGGGCAGGAGUGGAGAGGUCAAUAAUGAACAUGAGGUAAGACAGAUUGAGAUUGCAUCCAUGAAACCAGCAUCGACACAAGAGACGCCGAUUGAAUGCAAUGACAUCUUUACACUUUCGCCUGGACAAGACAAACCUAUCAGAACUGUGCUGACUAAGGGAGUUGCUGGCAUUGGAAAAACAUUCUCUGUACUUAAGUUCAUUUUGGACUGGGCUGAAGGAAAAGCAAAUCAAGAUAUCCAAUUUAUAUUUUCACUGCCAUUCCGAGAGCUGAAUUUGAUGAGGGAAAAGAAGAUGAGUUUAGUGGAUCUUAUUCAUGACUGCAUCAAAGAAGCAAAAGUAAUUGAAAAGGAGUUCCUCAAACAGGUCUUUAAAAAAGUACAUGAAUUGGGAAGCACAAAAUACAAAGACAGUAAGUACACAUUUCUGUUUGUACUUGAUGGUCUAGAUGAGUGUCGGUUGUCUCUCGACUUCAAGAAGAUUGACAGCUGGGAUGAUCCCACAAAGCUAACCUCUGUGGAUGUGCUGCUGACAAACCUCAUCAAGGGCAAUCUACUUCCCUCGGCUCGUCUCUGGAUAACCUCCAGACCUGCAGCAGCCAAUCAGAUUCCGUCGGGGUGUGUCGACCAGGUAACAGAGGUGCGAGGAUUCAACGACACACAGAAGGAGAGGUACUUCAGGAAGAGAUUUGAAGAUGAGAAUCUGGCCAACAGAAUCAUCUUGCACAUUAAGACAUCAAGGAGUCUUUACAUUAUGUGCCACAUACCAGUCUUCUGUUGGAUUGCAGCUACAGUUUUGGAGCGCGUUUUGAGGACAGAUGGGGGUGAGACCCCCAAGACUUUAACUCAACUAUUUAUUGGACUACUGGUGUUUCAGGCCAAACAGAUGAAUGACAAAUAUCUUGAGAAGGGUGAGGGAGAUCCAAACUGGGAUGAAGACAAAAUCAUGGCACUGGGAAAGCUGGCUUUUCAUCAGCUCAGAACCGGUAACCUCAUUUUCUAUAAGUCUGAUCUUCUGGAGUGUGGUAUUGAUGUCCAAGAUUUGGACUGCCUGGGAGUGUUCACUGAGAUUUUCAGGGAGGACUAUGGGCCGUUUCAGGAGAAAGUCUACUGCUUUAUUCAUCUGAGCAUCCAGGAGUUUCUGGCUGCAUUGUAUGUCUUUCUAUCUUUCAGCAACAGAAAGGUAAACCUACUGACCAAGGGCCAAUCUGUCUUCAGAAAUCCUUUCAUGAAGUUCAAAAACCCUGCCACCUCUUUCUACAAGAGUGCAGUGGAUAAAGCCUUAAAGGGUGACAGUGGACACCUGGACCUCUUCCUUCGCUUCCUUCUGGGCCUCUCGCUGGAGUCCAAUCAGUUUUACUUACGUGGCCUACUGACACAGACAAGAACCACAGCCAGUAGCUCACGGUGCUGGGAGAAAACAGUCAAGUACAUCAAGCGGAAGAUUAGAAGGAAUCCCUCUCCAGAGAGGUGCGUAAAUCUGUUCCACUGCCUGAAUGAGCUAAAAGACCACUCUCUAGUGGAGGAGAUCCAAAACUAUCUUAGCACAGGAAGUGUCUCCAGGGAAGAACUCUCAAAUACACAAUGGUCUGCUCUGGUCUUUGUGUUGCUGACUUCAGAAGAGGAGCUGGAUGUGUUUGAUUUAAAGAAAUAUAACAGAUCAGAGAAGGGUCUUCUGAAACUGCUGCCAGUGGUCAAAGCCUGCAGAACAGCUCUGCUCAAUGGAUGUAACCUCACAGAGAGAUGCUGUGAAGCUUUAGCCUUAGCUGUCAACACCUCAUGCCUAAAAGAGCUGGACCUAAGUGACAACAACCUGAAGGAUUCAGGAGUGCGGCUGCUCUCUGCUGGACUGGAGAGUCCACAAUGUAAACUGGAAACACUGAGGUUGUCAUUUUGCGGAAUUACAGAGAAAGGCUGCGCUACUCUGGCCUCAGUCCUUAAGUCCGAAUCUUCAAACCUGAGAGAGCUGGACUUGAGUGACAAUGACCUACGGAAUACAGGAGCGGAGCUGAUCUCUGUUGGACUUGAGAAUCGGCUCUGUAAACUGGAGAAACUGAGGUUGUCAUUCUGUGGAGUUGCAAAGAAAGGUUGCGCUUCUCUGGCCUCAGCUUUGAGAUCAAACCCAUCCCACCUGAGAGAGUUGGACCUCAGCUACAAUUAUGAAGGAGCGAAUCUGCUUUCAGCGAGACUGAAGGAUCCAAACUGUAGACUGGAGAAACUUGACAUGGGAUCCGGAGACUUCAAAAUCGCUCCAGGGCAAAUGAAAUAUGCCCGUGCUCUUUCUCUGGACCCCAACACAGCCCACCAACACCUCUCCCUGUCCAAGGAGAACCGGAAGGUGAUGAGGGUGGACGAGAAGCAGUGCUAUCCCGAUCACCCGGACAGGUUCGGCAGCUGUGAACAGGUGCUGUGUAGAGAGGGCCUGUCCGGGCCCCGGCCCUGCUACUGGGAGGCGGAGUGGUGUGGGGAGUGGGCCGUCAUUGGCGUGGCAUACAAGGGCAUCAGCAAGACGGGAGGCCGCAAGGACUGUGUGCUCGGAUUCAAUCGCAAGUCGUGGAGCCUGGAGUGCUCCAAUCACAGCAACACGACGUGGCACAACAACGACGGCCAGGAGUUCCCCGCCCAGUCCUGCACCUACCACAGAGUGGGCGUGUACCUGGACUGGUCAGCCGGCAUCCUGUCCUUCAGCAGAGUCUCCUCGGACAAGUUGCAGACUGUCACACACCUGCACACCUUCCAGUCCAAGUUCACAGAGCCCCUCUACCCAGGGUUUUAUGUCGGGAGUGGGUCGUCAGUCACUCUGAGGUGAAAGCGUUGGCCUCAAACCAAGCACUUUGCUAUGAUAACAACAACAAUAUUGUUCUUAUUUUUGUCGGUGGCUGUUCAUGUAGGAGGUUUUUUCGUGAGAUUCCUGAAGUUUUGCGAUUUCUUUUUUUUUGUGUGGAGGUGCUUACACCUGGAUUGGAAUCUGAAAGGUCUGAAGCAUAUCAGUGUGACACGGGAGGUAUAUUCUGUGGAGGUGCUUACACCUGGAUUGCAGCAUCUUUUUUUGAGACAAAUACUAAGACAGAAACGGUUUCUACUGGUUACAGAAAGAACACUGAAUACAAGUGACACAAAACACACCUGGCAACACAGAAGUCAGGCCAGACUAACUUAAUCACUUUCAUCAUCGAUGUCUGAAAUAAAGAUAAAAGGUCACAACCAAUUGUUGAAAAAA